UCUUUGUGGAUUUAUAACUUGCAAAUAAAGAGGGUUUUCAGAUUACAUUGCUGCUAUUUGUUUCUUCAACUGUUGAGCUUGAACAUGAAUUUGAUAUUAUUUUUUAAAAUCUUAUUUGUAAUCAGAAGGUGUAUUUCGAUUAAGGAUUGUUCUAUGGUAUAAAUUGUUGAAGAAAAAAAAAUGUUGUUUAUAACAUUGCUUAGAUACCACAAAGAAGAGGAGAAAACAAAAUUGGAGCUCAAUUAGGUUUACAAAAGAUGAAUUUAGUGAAGCCCAGAAUAGAGCAAAAUAGAUGAUGAGAAGUAUUCAAUCCUUUUUCAAGUCUACUGAUUGUCUUCGCAAGGAAAUUUGGAGUUUUCAAUAUGGUAAACAAAUUAGAUUGAAGAACUGUAGUUUUAGUAGCUGUGCAAGUGUAACUUCAGUGGUUCUUGAUGAUUGUUCAGAUGAAGAAAAUGAAUAUUAUUCAUCUAUUGUUCAUCAGCGGGUAGCGAAAGACAAAGGGUAUUUUGAUCAUACUUAUUAUCUAAGCUUACUAGAUAGUUGCUUGAGUGAAGGGUCAAUUAUAGAUGCCAAGAAACUACAUGGAAAGUUGUUGACAUUGGGAUUUGGCGCUGACUAUAGGAUUGGUGCUAGGUUUCUUGAUAUUUAUGUUGCUGGUGGAGAUUUAUCGAGUGCAUUACAAAUAUUUGAUAAUUUGCCAAUAGGAAUUAGAAAUGUGUCUUGCUGGAAUAAAUUACUGUCUGGUUUUUCAAGGAUAAAAAGAAAUGACGAAGUUUUGAAUUUGUUUUCUCGAAUGAUAAGAGAAGAUGUUAAUCCGGAUGAGUGCACAUUUUCUGAAGUUCUGCAAGCUUGCAGUGAUAACAAGGCUGCAUUUCGUAUCCGGGGUGUUGAACAGAUUCAUGCUUUGAUUACGCGCUAUGGUCUUGGGUUGCAGCUCAUCGUUUCUAACCGUUUGAUUGAUUUGUAUUCCAAAAAUGGAUUUGUAGAUUCUGCUAAGCAAGUCUUUGAGGAUAUGGCGGUAAGGGAUAGUUCGUCUUGGGUUGCCAUGUUAUCUGGUUUUUGCAAGAACAACCGAGAAGAAGAUGCUAUUCUCCUAUAUAAGGAUAUGCGUAAUUUUGGAGUUAUUCCGACGCCAUAUGUUUUCUCGAGUGUUAUUAGUGCAUCCACAAAGAUAGAAGCAUUUAAUUUGGGGGAACAGCUCCAUGCUAGUAUUUAUAAGUGGGGAUUUUUAUCCAAUGUUUUUGUCAGUAAUGCCCUUGUUACAUUGUAUUCUCGCUGUGGAUACUUGCCAUUGGCAGAGCAAGUAUUUGUUGAAAUGCCGCAGAAGGAUGGAGUUACCUAUAAUUCUCUAAUCUCUGGUCUCUCUUUGAAAGGAUUCAGUGAUAAGGCUCUACAGUUAUUCGAAAAAAUGCAGUUAAGUUCGUUAAAACCUGACUGUGUUACAAUUGCAAGCCUCUUGGGUGCUUGUGCAUCAUUAGGAGCUCUUCAGAAGGGAAGACAACUGCAUUCUUAUGCAACAAAGGCAGGUCUAUGCUCAGAUAGCAUUAUUGAAGGUUCUUUACUUGACCUUUAUGUUAAGUGCUCUGACAUUGAAACAGCCCAUAAUUUUUUCCUCGGAAGCCAGAUGGAAAACAUUGUUCUUUGGAAUGUGAUGCUCGUGGGUUAUGGGCAGAUGGGUGAUUUGGAUGAAUCAUUCAAAAUAUUUUCACUGAUGCAGUUUAAAGGGCUACAACCUAAUCAAUACACAUACCCCAGUAUAUUGAGAACUUGUACAUCUGUUGGCGCUCUGUAUCUUGGAGAACAAAUACAUAGCCAAGUACUAAAAACUGGCUUUUGGCAGAAUGUUUAUGUGUGUAGUGUGCUUAUAGAUAUGUAUGCCAAGCAUGAAAAAUUGGAUGCAGCAGAGAAAAUCUUUAAGCGUCUAAAUGAGGAAGAUGUUGUAUCUUGGACAUCUAUGAUUGCUGGAUACGCUCAGCAUGACUUUUUUGUUGAAGCUCUAAAGCUUUUUAGAGAAAUGCAAGACCGUGGUAUUCGAUCUGAUAACAUAGGAUUUGCAAGUGCAAUCAGCGCAUGUGCCGGCAUUCAAGCACUCUAUCAAGGGAGACAAAUCCAUGCACAGUCAGUGAUGUCAGGCUACUCAUUAGAUCAUUCAAUAGGCAAUGCGUUGAUUUUUCUUUAUGCGAGAUGCGGCAAAAUACAAGAUGCAUAUGCGGCAUUUGACAAAAUUGAUACAAAAGAUAUUAUUUCGUGGAAUGGCUUGGUAUCAGGAUUCGCCCAAAGUGGAUUUUGUGAAGAAGCAUUAAAAGUAUUUUCUAGAUUGCACGGAGAUGGAGUGGAAGCUAACAUGUUCACAUAUGGAUCUGCUGUUAGUGCCGCUGCUAAUACCACUAAUAUUAAACAGGGGAAGCAGAUUCAUGCGAGAAUAAAAAAGACAGGUUAUAAUGCCGAAACAGAAGCUUCCAAUAUCCUGAUCACAUUGUAUGCGAAGUGCGGAAGCCUUGUGGAUGCCAGGAAAGAGUUCCUUGAAAUGCAAAAUAAAAAUGAUGUUUCAUGGAAUGCCAUGAUAACAGGCUAUUCUCAACAUGGGUGUGGCAAUGAAGCUAUAGAACUGUUUGAGGAGAUGAGACAUCUUGGUGUGAAGCCAAACCAUGUCACUUAUUUGGGUGUUUUAUCUGCGUGUAGCCAUGUGGGUUUAGUGGAUAAGGGGCUUGGCUAUUUCAAUUCAAUGAGUAAGGAUUAUGGUUUAAUGCCAAAACUAGAACAUUAUGCAUCUGUUGUAGACAUUUUAGGACGAGCUGGCCAUUUGCAGCGUGCAAUGAACUUUGUGGAGACAAUGCCAGUAGAACCUGAUGCAAUGGUUUGGAGGACCCUCCUAAGUGCUUGCAUAGUUCACAAGAACAUUGAAAUAGGGGAAGAGACAGGUCACCGCCUCCUAGAAUUGGAGCCUCAAGACUCAGCAACUUAUGUUUUAUUAUCAAACCUAUAUGCAGUUCUUGGAAGAUGGGAUUCUCGGAACCAGACAAGGCUACUGAUGAAAGAUAGAGGUGUUAAGAAAGAGCCAGGUCGUAGCUGGAUUGAAGUUCAAAACACUAUCCAUGCAUUUUUUGUUGGAGAUAGACUCCAUCCACUAGCAAAUCAUAUCUAUGACUUUGUGGAGGAACUAAAUAAACGGGUAGUAAUGAUUGGUUAUGUUCAAGACAAUAAUAGUCUUUGGAAUGAUCUGGAGUUGGGACAAAAAGAUCCAACUGCUUAUAUUCACAGUGAAAAGUUAGCUAUUGCAUUUGGACUUUUAAGCUUGCCUGAAAUGAUCCCCAUACGAGUGAUGAAGAAUCUCCGCGUCUGCAAUGACUGCCACAAUUGGAUAAAGUGUGUGUCGAAAGUUGCAGAUCGGGCCAUUAUUGUACGGGAUGCAUACAGGUUUCAUCAUUUUGCAGAUGGUCAAUGUUCCUGCAAUGAUUUCUGGUAAUUGGAACUAUUGAAGGUUGAGACGACAUAGUAAACUUCCAGUGUUUGAGAUUGAUGCUCUGGAUACUUUUAUCAAUAGAGUUAUUAACACUUUAUCUUGAGGAUUAUAAUGAUUAUAGCCUUGGUUCAAAAGUCAACUUAACUGAAAUCCGUAAUAUUCAUCACUUUUCAAUUACCAAAAGUUCCCUAUGAUAUAUUCCAGUUCCCGUUUUCUCAGAUCUGACAAAGCUACUGAUUUAAUUGCUAUGAUUAAGCGUACCAUUUUCCCUGUCAGGAAGCACAAUUAUAGUUGGGCGUUACUGUGAUCUGUAAAAAUAUAAAAAGAACCUCAUGCUAAUGCUAUCUUCUUGAUAAACUCACCAGUACUCUACAUUCGUUAGAUAUAAAACUAUGAAGCAUAUACUUAUAUGUCAAUGUUUGCAUAUAUAUUAUUAGAAGUUGAAACCUCUGGAGUAUGUAAGCUUCCUUCUUUUGCAGUCGUCAAAGGAUGACUGGUUUCUCAGACCAUGUGUAAGCAUAUCCCAAGUGAUCAAUAAGGUUGUAUGCACUUCUCGCUCUUGGUGUAGUGGUAAGAGCGCAGUAUCGAAAUGUGUGGAUUCUUUGCACAUAAGGAGUUUGAAUCCUCGGCUGACAAAAGCCUAGUAUUUAAGUGUAGAAGAGUAGAGGAGCGGGUCAAAUGUCCACCAAACACCAAGGUUUGAACCAUACGCCGCGGCCCUCGGAUUUUUCUUGGCUAUAUAAAAAAGGUCUCAAGUACGUUUCAAGGUUGACAAAAUUACUGUGAUUUCAUGUCUCUCUUCCGUUUUGGCAACCUCGCUUUGUUCUAGCUCCUCUUUCUUUUAGUGUCACGCUGGCUUGAAAAUCUUUUGAGAAUAUAUAUUGACGUGUGUACACACAUUAAUGUGCAUACAUGGUUGCUGACUUGUUUCUGUCAACUGCAGUGCAUUAGUUCCAAACAACUGGACCAAGAACUGCUUCAUGCGUCCUCACUGAUGAUAGCUGCUGAGCAUCCAGAUAAAAAUGAAAAACCGAAGGAUCAAAAGAGUGAGCUGAAGUGAAGGUCAAAAUUAUGAGCCUCAAGGUGAAAGGACCAGUGGAUAUGUAUCUGAAUUCUGAACUGGGAUCGUGGUACAACUUGUUCAUCCUUUUUGCAGCAAUCACAGACUUCCACUUGUGGUAUCGCCCUUCCACGAUAACCAAACAGUUGCAUCAAAAUAUCCAUUAGAUAAAAUGGGAGGGGGUAUAUGAAGCUUUGACGUGAAAAGAGAAAAGAGAUGUGAAUUGUCGUUAUUUUUGAGACUUCGUAGGCAUAUAUACUUGUGAUUUAAAUUAUAAUCGUAAAGAGAAGUGGCAUUUCCGACUUCACAAAGUGGAGACA